CCAAUUCCCCUCUCUUCUUUUCUUUCCCAUUAAUUUUCCCUAGCUACAAACCCGUCUCAUUCCCAUCAUGAAGCGAUCCAUUUGAUUUGAUUGAGACAUAUGUUCUGAGCUCGAUCUGUCGGGCAAAUGAGGAUCAUGGUGCGGACGCUGCGCGGGGACCGGGCGGCGCUGGACGUGGACGGCGCGGCCAAGACCGUGGCGCAGGCCAAGGGCGUGGUCAUGGCCCGGGAGCGCGUCCCCGUGGCCAUGCAGCGCCUCUUCUUCGCCGGCUGCCACCUCGACGACGACGACCGGACACUCGCCAGCUACGGCGUCCAGCACGACUCCGUCCUCUUCCUCGGCCUCCGCCUCCGCGCCGCCGACACCACCCCGUGCCAGGACCAGAUGCAUAGGUUGCAGGUGCCGGCCGGAUCGAUGACCGCGAAGCAAGAAGUUCUGCAUCAGCAGCAGGUGCAUGUCCAUGACCAUGGCCCCGAGGGCGCGAACGGCGGCGUCGACGACGAGCCGGAGAAGGCCAAGUCCAGGAAGCUGCCGUCGCGGCGCGUGCUCCGCAAGAUCCUCUCGAGGCUGCACGUGGACGCGUGGACGAGGCAGCACGACACCAAGCUGCUGGACCUGCUGCAGCGCCACACGGCGGGACGAGGCGGCGGCGUGGGCGACCUGACCGGCGAGGACUGGUCGGCCAUCCGCGCCGAGCUGAACGCGGCCACCGGGUCCGGGUUCCCCGUGGAGGAGCUGCAGCGGCGGGUGGGCGAGUUCCGGCGCGAGGUCGAGGCCGUGGGCCGGAUCAAGAGCCACCCGCGGUUCGCCUACGACCCGCGCCGCCGGGUCGUCGUCGCCGAGGAGGCCGACUGGAAGCGCUACACGCUGGAGAACCCCGAUGCGGCGGCGUACGAGGGGAGGAGCCCGCGUCUGGCUCUGACCCGAGCAGUUUUCGCCGGAGACGGGCAUGGCGGCGCCGGCGCGAAAAGCCGGGAGUCGCGGCCGAGGAGGUACCUGAACAAGUUGCUGCGGAGUUUUGGGCUUCGAUGUAAGCUGUAGACAGACCCACCGAUCAGUCGAUCACAGUUCACACUCUGUACAGCUGGAUGAAUUGGCUGCGGAUUUGAACGAUUUGUUUCCGUUGGACAUAUUUUACCGAAGAUGAAAAAAAAAUGAGAAAGGCCAUUAGCCAGAGUGUUUUUUUUUUAUAUUGAUGAGCGAAGAUUGUAGCUCUGCCGAUUUCAUUAAGUUACUUUAAAAGGGAAACACGUUUAAUAUUCA